AAAGUGCGUUUUAGAAUGAUUACUGGUGGCCAGCGGAGAGACAGAUUAUACAGCUCUACACAACUGUUGUUUUAAUCCCCCGGGCGAGGAGAUUUAGCAAAGAAAAAACACUGGUUUUAAACCCAGCAGCCAUAUUGCAUGGAAAAAACGACGGAAAGACUCAUCUAUUUCAUAAAAAGUCGUUUUCUCGGACAUCUCUGUCAGGACUUUUGGGAAGUUAAUUUCUUUUUCUUUUUUACUGGCUGUUUGUUUCUACCGGACAGCGAGCCUGCCAGCUGGCUGAGGACUUCAGAGAUUGGGACUGGGGUUUUUUUUAAUUUAAAAAAGCUAUUUUGCACAUUAUUGUAGUGAUCUGUCUUGGUCCAAAGGUGCAAAACUAACAGUGUAAAGAUGAAGGACCGAUUGGAGCAACUUAAAGCGACGUGUGAUCAAGAUGACGACGAGGUGGAGAUCGCUGUGGACAACGCUGCCUUCAUGGACGAGUUCUUCUCUCAGAUCGAGGACAUCAGGAACAGUAUUGAUAAAAUUGACGAGAAUGUCGCUGAAGUCAAAAAGCUUUACUCCAUCAUCCUGUCUGCUCCCACAUCAGAUCAGAAAACACAGGAUGACUUGGAAGCAAUCACCAAUGACAUAAAGAAGAUGGCCAACAAUGCAAGAAACAAACUCAAGACCAUCGAGAGGAAUCUGGAGUCUGAGGAGCAGGAGAGGGUGUCUGCUGACAUGCGGAUACGUAAAUCACAGCAUGCUGUGCUGUCAAGGAAGUUUGUGGAGGUAAUGACAAAGUAUAAUGAAGCCCAGGUGGACUUCAGAGAGAGGAGUAAAGGACGUAUUCAGAGACAGCUAGAAAUCACUGGGAAAGCAACAACAGAUGAUGAACUGGAGGAGAUGUUGGAGAGUGGCAAUGCAGCAGUGUUUACUGCAGGGGUAAGUGUGUGUGUGUUUGUGAGAGGAAGGCCAGGUAGUUAGUUGCUCAGUAAAAGUUCAAACUCCUCGUCUCAGCUGCUUAAAGAUUAGCUUUGUUCAUGAUUUAGCUUGUUGGGCUUAAAAGGGCCAGUUGCCUUUUUUCUUCCUUGCUGAGCGCUUUAAACUUCUUUAGACAAUCUAUCUAAUAAACAAUGUGACAUUAUUUU